AUGGCUGAUACGCGAGAUUUUGCCUCCGAGGCAACCGAGAACGACUCUGCCUCUGGCGAGACAUCCCCGACCCUCCCCCGCCAGAGCGCUCCCUCCGUCCUUCCCCCGCGCGACGCAGGGGGUCUCUCGGCCUCCUCCACACAUUUGGGCCAGAUCAAUGCCGCGCGCCGGGGUGCGGGACCCUCACCGCACCCCCAGCCCGCGAUGAGCUCCAAAGCAGCCGGGGGGUUAAAUCAGGACAUCAUGGCCAAAAUGAAGGCUUUCUCCCUGUCCCGACAAGGGGCUCCACUGCCACACACGGCGUCGACCGGGCAGAUUCCCACGUCGCAAGCGCCCGGGGGCGGCGCACUCGCUGGCCGACUCCCCCCGACCGCACGCCCCAGCCCCCAGCCCUGGACCUCUUCCCCCUCCGUUCCGGCGGCCUCCCCGGGCCCGGCCUCGCCGCGACCGGGUGGACUGGCGGCGAAGCGCAUGAAGCCGGGCCUCAAGCUCUCCGAUGUCACAGGGCCGCCCACUCCGGCUGCGGGGACUGAUCAAAAGCCCGAGGAGCCGAGUCGCGAGUCUGCGUUCAGCAAGUAUUCCGAAUUUAUCAACACGCAAGAAGGCACUUUGAACUUCAAGAACAAGGCCGUUCUACACGGUGGUGGUGUUGAGUUUUCGUCGGGCCACAGCUUCAAGAUCUCUUUGGAUGAGGUUGAUCGCCUGGAUGAGCUCGGCAAGGGCAAUUAUGGAACCGUUUACAAAGUCCGACACAGUCGCCCACAUCUCCGCAAGCCAGGACAGGGCCUGGGUGGCAUUGUGAGCCGGACGGCUGAGGACGGGAGUCCAGAGGCCGGGCCCAACCAGUUGUCAGGCGUGGUCAUGGCCAUGAAGGAAAUUCGCCUGGAGCUGGACGAGGCCAAAUUUGCACAAAUUAUCAUGGAGCUAGACAUUCUACACCGCUGUCUCUCUCCCUUUAUCAUCGACUUUUACGGCGCAUUCUUCCAGGAAGGUGCGGUCUACAUGUGCGUCGAGUUCAUGGAUGGCGGCUCGAUCGACAAACUUUACGAGGGUGGUGUCUCUGAGAACAUUUUGCGGAAGGUCACCCUCUCCACUAUCAUGGGAUUGAAAUCAUUGAAGGACGAUCACAACAUUAUUCAUCGCGAUGUGAAGCCCACGAAUAUUCUCGUCAACAGCAAGGGCCAGAUCAAGAUUUGCGACUUUGGUGUCAGUGGCAACCUCGUUUCCAGCAUCGCCAAAACGAACAUUGGUUGUCAGAGUUACAUGGCCCCCGAGAGAAUCGCGGGAGGUGGCAUGCAGCAGUCCGGAGCGCCGAGCGCUGGAACAUACAGUGUACAAAGUGACAUUUGGAGUCUGGGAUUGUCUGUCAUUGAAUGUGCCAUGGGCCGAUACCCAUACCCCCCAGAAACCUUCAACAACAUCUUCAGCCAGCUUCAUGCCAUCGUUCAUGGAGAUCCCCCCACAUUGCCUGCCGAAGGCUACUCCGAAGAAGCCCACGCCUUCGUCCGGGCCUGUCUCGACAAGAACCCGAAAAACCGACCUUCCUACGACAUGCUCCUUCGACACGCUUGGCUCGCACCCCUCAUGCAGCCACCGACCGAGUCAGGUGAAGACGCCCCGCCGGAGGAUUCCGACUCCGGAGAUGCCGCCUCAUCCGCGAUCACCGAAGACAAAGAGGUUGCUGAGUGGGUGCAAAGGCAAAUCAAGCUCCGGGAAGAAGGCACCCUCCAUAUCUCCGAGAAACCAGCCCUCCAUGCUGUCGCGCUGGACCAGGUCGGCACCCCCACCGAAGCUGAUGCCCCAGCUCCGCAAGAUGACUGA